GCGGGCUGGCCGGUGGAGACAUGGAGCUGUCGACAGCGGUGUGCGACACUCCUGCAGACAGUGGCCGCCCUGAGUGACACCAUGAACGAGCGGCGCGGCGGCGGCGGCGGGGUGCCGCUGCCCAUCCAGCUGUUCCUCUGGAGACAGACCAGCCCAUUUAUAAGACCGAAGCUGGGAAAACUUCAUGAGGCAACAUGCGUGUAUUGUCAAAGAGCACCAAGUCACCAUGAGAUGAAGGAAGCCAGCAAGUGUCUGGAGAAGGUCCUGGUGCAGAACAUUCUGUUCGGCCUGUCGCCGAGUCUGACCGACGCCAUCAAGUCCAUCUCGCGCUGGCGUCUCAUCCAGACGGCCUUCCCCUACGUGGUCCACUGCGCCGCCAGCCUGCUGCACAACCGACGCGAGUCGAACCUGCAAGGCCUGGGCGCCGUGGACACGAAGCUACUCUACACACUGCACUGGAUCCUGCUGGACGCCGCCGAGGAGUGUCGAGACGCCGAUCUCGAGCAGGGCAUCAUCAACAGCUCGCCGUUCCACUACCUCUUUCCCAUCACCAGCAUACAGGCGUUCAUCUACCUGUUCACACCACUGAUGCACUCGCUGAAGGAGUCUGAUUUCACCAACUUCCGGCUGGAGAACGGCCUGAAGAUUUGGUCGGCGCUCUGGGAGUACCGGCACCCGGAGGUGGCGUGCUUCACGGCCACGGCUCGACCACGGCCGGCCGUAGCGCCGCCACGCCGCGGCCGCCGCGCCGCCCAGCAGUUCGGCGAUGUGUUUAUGGGCGGCGGCAAACAAGGUAAGGAACCGGCGCCGGGGACCGGUGGCGAAGACCCCUCUCGAGCGCCAGCUCCAGCCGAUGAGGGGGCCGACCCCGGUCCGGCGGCGGGCUGGACCGCUCGUCACGAGCCUCCCUCCGACCUGGGCUUCAGUUCCGACCCACAGCCUACCUCCAAAGAGGCGUCGCGGUCCAGCUCUUCAGCCACCACCCCGCGCGAGCCGCACGCCACCUCGUUUCCCGAAACGAUCCCCGAAGAGACGUCUUCCAUUGAAGAGGAGCACGUUAUGAUCUUCCGCCUUGACUCGCUGCCAGAGGAAGAAGACGAGGCCCAGAGACGACCCAAGGUCUACAAAGUCCCUUCUCGAAUGCUGAGUAGGCAGGUCGCAGAAUCUCGACCCAGUCCUCAGGAAAGCUUCCGUACCGCCGAUAAAGGGAGUAUGGAGCAGGUGGAGUCUGCCUCCUCGCGGGCCAGCCACAACCCGCCGGCGGCCGUCGACCUCACGCUGGCCACCUUCACCGACGUGGCCGUGCUCCGCUGCCUCUUCAUCCCGCAGUGGGUCGAGGAGGGCGUCUUCUGGGCCGUCCAGUUCCUCUUCUACCGGCUGCGUGAGAUGACCAACGAUGGCACCGAGGAGGAUUUGCCUCGAAAGAGGAGCAACUCGCUGCCGGUGCCCAAGAUCGAGGUCUCGCUGUAUCAGAGUCCGGAGACGAAGCGACGAGAGGCGGCUAGCCGGGACGCCCCGCCACCAUCCCCUGAGCCCAAGUACUCGGGAGAGUUCAUGGCCUCGCCAACGGGCGGGCCGCUGCACAAACGUUCUGCCAGCGAGCGCGGGCGGAAGGGUAAGACCCGGAUGGCUGACUUCCGAGCGUUCGUCGAGACCAAGCUGAAGUCGCGCUCCCAGACGAUGCUGGAGAGACUGGCGGGGGACGGGCGGCGCGGCUCAGCCUCCGGAAACUACCCGAACUCGACAUCUCAGUCGGACCUGAACGAGCCCGAGUCGCGAGCACGCUCGUCCAUGGACCAGCACCGGGAGCACGGCGGCAGUUUUUCGGCGGCCGACUCGCAUCAGUACGACCCCGUGCUCGGCCAGAACCUCGUCAAAGGGAAGAGCAUGCCCAGCCUCAGCUCUAUUGUAGAAGAGCUAGGGUACAUGGGCGUGCCGCAGAUGGCGCAGCCGCCCAAGACGCUGGCGUCGCGCAUCGCCAGCGUGCCGCACCCCAUCAUCACGGUGACGCAGCACACGCCGUCGCCCACGCCGACCCCCUCCGUGUCGGAGGAGGGCCCCGGUCCCGGCGGCGGCGGCGGCGGCGGCGGCGGCGGCGCGGCGCGGCCGUUCCUGCGCGACCUGACCCGCCGGCCGGUCACGCUGAACCGCAGCUACUCGGACUCUGACGUGUCGUACAGCGCCGAGGAGCUGACCGAGGCCGCCGGCUCCACCUACUACAUCAACAAACACGGCGGCAUCGACCUCGUCAUGCUGCUCAAGGGCCUCCACUCGGUGGUCCUGAGGAACCGGCAGACCAACACACUGCGCGUCACCGAGGCCAUCGUCAGCCUGCUGGAGAUCAUGCUGUCCAUGGACGUGAUGCUGCUGGACCGCGAGGAGGAGCGUCAGGAGGGGUCGGCCGCGGCCGCCGGCAGCUCCGGAGCAGCCCCGACCGAGGAGACGGCCGAGCCCGAGCGGGCCAAGGCCGGCUUCCUGGUGCACUAUCUGUAUAUGGAUAUACUGGUCAGGUCUUUCAAGCACAUGGGCUGUGCGCACGGCUGCCGGGAGGGCUACCGCGGUCCGAGUGCCGAGUUUCUGCGCUCCCAGGCGCAGCUGCUGCUCACACGUCUGCUGAAGAUUGACGAGCGCAGUUUUAAAAAGUACAUGCGGGAGCUGUCAUCUCAGUCGUCGAUCCACGAGCUGAUGGAGUUUCUGCAUUCGUUCGUCGGCUGGUGCGGCGACCACGGCCAAGCGGCAUCGCCGAUGAACCAAAAACGAACGUCCGGCAAGCAGGCUGACAGUGCCCACCAGUUCGGCUACGCCACCAACUUUGGUGCCGUCCGCGGCACUGCCAGCGUGCGUGGCGUCGAGGGUCAGAUGAUCGGCAUCAUCUUCGGCGAGUACAUGCGGCGACUGGUGGCUAUGUCGCGGGAACUCCGCCUGCCCGAGCACCUGGCCCUGUAUCACGACGUUCGGCAGUUUGUGGUAUACGUUCGCGACAACCACGGCUGCAUCUUCAGGAAGGUGCUCUUGGCCGGCUUUUUCGACUCGACCGACCGCAAAAAUGUACAAAACACCAUCAUCACCACCAAAGUAGUUCGGCGCAUCCACAUGAUGGCCGAGCCCGGCUCCAGGGAAUCCCCGACUAACUACUACCACACAGAGGACAAGGAGGAGCGUGAGGAGAGGGGACACAAAAAGUCCUUCUUCAGGAAAAAGGGCACCGUGGCCUCGCUGUCCUCAGUGAUACGGAAGGCGCCCAGCGUCCAGAGCAUGCUGGACGCGGAUGGCGACGAGAGCCCACCGGGUCCCAGCCCGGCGUCAACCAUCCGCAGAAAGAACCGCCACUCGACGCGGGCCGCAGAGGAGCCGCGCACGCGCCGUGUGUCCCGCUUCGCGUCCCUGUUCCGCCGGGAGGUGACCGGUCGCCAGGGCUCGGAGGAGAGCACGGAGGACGGCGAGGGCUCUGACCGGAGCAUUCGGAGGCAGUCGGUCUACCGCGCCAUCCGAUACAACAGGGGAGGUCUGAGCCUGUACCGAGCCCGGAAGCGAAUGGAGGACCAGCUCAGCCGCAUUGGACUCGGCAGAAACCGGAGAAAGGAGGGACUGCACGAGGACGUACCGGACCGGAGUCGGCACAACUCGUGGGACUUUGACGGCUAUCCGCAGAGUCUCGAGUACAUGAUCGUCAAGGAAUGUCGACUGGUCAACACCAACGCUGUCCGGAACGGCAUGAAAAUACUGAACCUGCUGAUGGAAUCAGCCCCGCCGGGCAGUGUACCGGACGCACCCAUGGUAGCCGCCGCCUUCUCCCUGCCGGGAGUUCCGGUGGCCACCCGGGCCUGCUUCUACCUGGAGUGCGCCCACUUUGUGCACCGGUGCAACAAGGGCCUGUGGCCGGCCUGGAUGAAGCUCAACCUGCCGCUGUUCAGGAGCUCGGGUCCGCUACACAGCAAACCGGUGACGGGCGCCAAGCGGACGCACGUGCUGCAGCGGGCCGCCGGCAAACUGUUCUACCAGUGGGCCGAGGCGCUGGGAUCCCGACUGGACACGGUGCUGAGCGACGGUCAGCGUCCGGGCGAGGGUGGCGGCGGCUGCGGGGAUGGUCGGCGGCCGGCGGACAGCGCUCCCCUGGACGACGCGCGCAAACGACAACUGCGGCUGGACGACGACGAGGAGGACUUCCUGGAUGAAGCCAGCGUCAACCCCACCGGCCGCGAGUGUCCGAUGGCGCUGCGGUUCGCCUGCUGCGUGCUCCUCUACGAGAUCACUGCCUUCAUGCGCGAGACGUACCCGCUGCUGCCGCGCACCUUCCAGCCGCCACAGCGCGAGCGGGCGCCCAGCAUGCUGGGAGGCUCACUGGGCGUGCCGGCCGGUUCGCGCCGCUGGAGCACCGCGCUCAGCAGCAUGGGCUACUCGCAGACCUCAGCGCAGAGCCUGCAGUCCAUCAGCGGCGACCACGUGCCCAUCAGCAGCGAGCGAAAAAUCAGCUUCGUACUCCAGGAGCCGGACGACGUCAGCCUGUGCUCCAGUCAGAAUACCAUCAUUCAGGAGGAGUGCUCCCGCACGGCACGCAUCGCUGCCGGCGCGCGCAGUCAUCUGCUGAAGCGCAGCGGCGGCCAGGGCUUCUUCAACCCGAGCUCCAGCAUCCGGCGGCGGUCCAUCAAACUGCGCCGGGCCGGCAAGGAGCGCGACCCGGACGCCGAGUCCAUCAAGCGGGCGGACAGCAUCAAGUCUCGGCGCAAGGUGUCCGCCAUCAGCGACUGCAGCGCCACGUCGGACCAGCACAGCGGCGAGGAGUCGCCCGGCAUGCUCAGCGACGAGCACCUGGCCGACACGCCCAGCGACGCCGACACGGACGACUUCACGGUGCCCGAGCACCUGCCGUGGCUGCGCGUGGCCACCGAGAUGGUGACCGGGCUCAGCUACAGCUGCCGCCACCAGCAGUUCUGCCAGCCCAACUGCUACAAACGCCUGAUGCGGGCCUGCAACAGGCUCGUCAAGGCCGUCAAGACGGUGUAUGAUGAGGACCUGAGCACCAGCCCGUCCACCGAACACUCCAAGGGCAGUUCGCGUCAGAGCAGCCACAAGGACCGCUCCCGGCUGAAACGUACCGACGCCAACUCCCAGGGCAGCCCCAUCAAACGAAAGGAAAGCGUCGGAAGGCGCGAGCGAGACAGGGUGGACCGUGUGCCGGAGGGAGUGUCGGGCCGGCUGAACACGGGCAGUCUGCACUUCUCCCGAGAGACGCUCGACUCAGACGUGGAGCGCGGAGGAGCGGACACCAGCUCCCUCAGCGGGCCGGACCGGCGCGCGCCCAAGGAGGAGCCGCCCAUUGUCAAAUACAUCACAUCCCAGGUGCACACGCUGUUCCACAUCCCGCUGAACCUGCUGGCCAAGAGCGCCGUGGUGCUGUCGGAGGACGUGCUGCUGCAGGUGCUGCCAGUCACCUGGGGCCUCCUGCUGGACACCGACCACGAGGUUGCGAGUGCGGCGGCAACCCUGUGUAUAAUAUCGGCGGUGAAGAUACCGGGCUUCACCAGCGACAUCCUGAUGCGGCACCUGCAGCACGACGACCCCACGGAGAGGGUCAACGCCAUCCUCAGGUUCCAGGCGCUGUGGCGGUUCCGCUACCAGUGCUGGCCGAGGAUGGAGGACACGGCGCACCUCGGCUUCAAGGUGCCUCCGCCGGGCAUAGAGUUCACCCUCCCCUCGCCCAAGAUCGGCAUCGAGGCUCUGCCCGUGGUCGACCCCUCCUGGAUGCCGCAGGUGAAGAGCAAAGUGGAGGACGUGACCCUGAAGGAGGAGCUGCACUCGAUCGUGUCAGCUGGCAAGACGCGGCGGAAGCAGCAGGCCGAGCUGGUGCAGAUCGCCCUGAAGAAAGAGGAGGAGAAGAAGCGACUGGACAGGGAGAACUACCGCAUCAGCACGGUGCCCGUCACCGGACAGGCGGCGCACGAGCCCAGCUUCUACCACGUGGCUGGGGACGAGCAUGACGAGGCUGCCGAUGAGGAGCCCACAGACGUGCUGCGCGGCUCGCACACGCAGUCGGCGCCGCAGAUGUUCCCCUCGUGUCUGUGCACGGCCGCCACUAGCAUCAUCGCGCUGCUGGACGACACGGCCGUCACGCCCGACGGCAUGGCCGUCUACUGCGUGGCGCAGCGGGUGAUCUGGAAGUGUCUGGUGGAGGACAGCGCGCUGUUCCUGCGCCACUUUCUGGAGAAGCUGACCCGCGAGCGGCAGGAGGUGAUGCUCCAGUACCUGAGACGGCUCAUCCACACAUUCCCGAUGCUGCCCGCGCAAACGGCCUUCGCCCUCUACAACUACCUGGUCGGCUACAUCAUGUUCCAGAUCCGCUCCAACUCCGAGUUCGCCACACAGAACAUCGCCAACUCACUCACGCUUCUAUGGCAGGUUGUCCCCGGUAUCCAGGGAAUAUUGUUCAAGGACUUGAAGCAAAUCUUCCGGAAGGAGCAGUGCGAUGCCACGCUAAUGUUGACGGCCAACGUCCCGUCAGCCAAGCGAAUCAUAGUACAUGGACCUCAGGGUCCGGACGCCGGCGGCAUUCCGUCCCAGUUUCCGAUCCAGGAAGACACCCAGUUCUGUCAGAUUCUGACUGAAGCACGAGAGUUCUUCAGCAUUCCCGAACACGAACACAGGUCCUACUUUCUGGUGGACCAUAAGACAGGUGUGAUUCACAACCCGAAGGCGUACGUGCGAGAUUUCUACUUCUUCAAGCGGUCGCAGUACCCGCAGCUGAGCUUGAUCCACAUCGAUCCAGAGGAGGCCUACAACGCCAUGCAGAACAACGUCUUCUACCUGAAACUGUUGGAGAUCGGCAAAACGCUGAAGAGCCUGGCGAUGCUGAUGCGACCGGAUCAGGUGGCUCAGCGAGUGUUCUUUCUCCAUGAGGAGCUCACCAAGCUGCCAGCGUUUCCUCGCAAGGCUCUGGAGACGGACUUUCACCUGUACAAAGGAGGACACCUGGGAAACGAGCUCAAGUGUCUGGACAGCAUGCACAAGCUGAUCUGGGUGAAGAUGAUGUCGCGGAUGUUCGAGGGCAUGGCGGGCAACUUUGCCUACUCGGGCGAUAUCCACCUGUUCAUCAACGUGGUGAACGGCUGCCUGCUGCUGCACUGCGAGGACAGCGCCAUGCUGCGAUUAGUGAUGGCCACCUACAUCAGCGCCGCCCAUCAGUUCAAGAACGUCUUCUCCAGUAACGGGUACCUGCUGAUAAUGCCGACGGUGCUGCAGGUGUACAGUAACCACCAGUCCAACUCGCUGCUCUGUCGGACCGUCGAGUUCAUCUGCAAACAGUUCUACGUGCUCCACCGCAAGCCGUUCGUGCUGCAGAUGCUCGGCAGCAUCGCGCCCAUGCUCGACCUCAACACAGACCUGCCGUUCGCAGACGCCAACAAGAUUCAGCCGGACACGCUGUUCAGGCUGCUCAUCUCACUGGAGACGCCGUCCCCGGACCCGCUCAACUGCAUCGAGCUCGUCUCUGUCGAGAAGCCGCUGCGCGCGCUCGACUUCUGCUACCACGAGGAGACGGACGACGUCACCAUCAUGGACGUCAUCAGCUUGUGCGUCACCGUGGUGGCGUACGCGGCCGACAGCCGGCGAGCCCACCAGAUGCUCAACGUGCUGGAGGCGGUGAUUCCCUUCUACCUGCGGCACGUGGAGCGCAUCUCGAGCGUGGCCACCACGGCCGGCCCGAAGGCAGAGCUCAAGGGCGAGAAGGAGGUCAUACACCAGCUGGCACUCUCCAUUAAAACGCUGCUCCACAACUGCGAGCCGCUGGCCAAAAACUACACCGGUCCGACGCGGGGCAGUACAGAGUUCAAGACGUCCAGUAUGAAGACGUUUACGCGAACAGCGGCACAGGAGACUCACAACGCCGCGCUGGACUUGGACGAGGACUCGCACUCGCGCAUGUUCGUCAGCGACACGAGGAGGACAAACUUCAUGGAGCGCGACAUGGAGGACUCGGAGGUUCUCCGUGAGGCCUUCCGCCGUCCCCGGGACACGCUGCUGAACAUUGUCGCCGAGUUCCUCUCGCGCUGCUCAGCCCGGUUGCACGAGCUCAACAAGAAGCCCGGCGCCGGUGUGGAGACCAAGCAGGUCGAGCUGCUGGAUGCCAAGUGUCACAGCCGUCUGGCCGAGAUAGCCCACAGCCUUCUGAAGGUGGCGCCGUACGACCCGGAAACCAUGUCCUGUCGCGGCCUGGUCAAGUAUAUGAACCAGAUCCUCACCUACCCAGACUGGUCGCAGGAGGCUCUCAAACCCACACUCAUCAUCAUCAUGCGACGGCUCGAGAAAGUCUUCACCAAAAUACUCAAGAAGAGCUUCAUCAGGCGUCACACGGACUGGGUGGCGGCGGCCAAUCUGCUGAAGGGCGUCUACACGACGCUCUGCAAGUACCCGUACAUCGCCCACCUGCCGCCGCUCAAGGCGCUCAUCCUCGUCUGUCAGGCGCUGGUGGUCGGCGAGAGCGGGGUCACCACCGCGGGCGAGGGCGCCGCCGCGGACUCGGCCGCCGCCGUCCACUAUCCGCCGCCGCAGCACUUCGCUUCUACCGUGGUCCGACUCAUUGCCAUGCAGAUGCUGGCCCAGGGGGAGGCCCACUCGCUGGAACAGGUGUGCGGCGGCAGCUCCGUCUUCCCCAGCGCCGAGAAGACCGAAAACAUGCUGAUGAACCUGCUGCUACCGCUCUGUCUCCGCGUCGGCUGCGGACGAACUGACGUGCCCAAGAUGCGCCAGGCGGACAUCAGUUUCGCGCUGACUGUGAUGCUGCACGCGCUACAACCGCCCGCCUCCACCAAGGUAGCCGCCGCGGGCGCGGGCGGCGGCGCCGGCGCCGGCGGUGUCGCCAACAAGACCGAGGCUGGGCUCUUCUCCACGAGCGAGACGCGCGGUCACAGCACCGUCCGACCGUCCAUCUACUCCGUGGCAUUCCUCGGUCUGAAGAUCCUUCUGAUAUGUUUUGAGAAGAAUCUGGCCAUGGACUGGCACCGGGUGGCCCGCACGGUUCAGGAGCUCGGCCAGCAGGGCUGCGGCGGCCUGGCGCUCUGGGACUUCCUGGACUUUGUCGUCACCUACCCGACACCCGUGUUCGUCCUCCUGCUGCCCUUCAUCGAGCAACACUUGGAGUCGCCGACAUACGACUUCGCUGACGAGGUGCACUUCAAGCAGCUGAUCAGGGAGAAGUUGGCCGGGAACCAGGAGGAGAUGCCCAGGAUCAAGUCGAAGGGCUCGGUGCUGAUGGAACUCGCACACGAGAUGAAGCUGGUCAAAGAGGAGAUCGCCAACUCAAAAACAGGGGAUUUCGACCACCGGAAGUCUGUGGUUGUCGACCUUCAUAGCGACUUCCGCUCUCGCCUGUGGACCGGAUCUGUGUCGGAGGGACCCAAAUCAUCCAAAGUCUCGAGCCAGCGCUCCCUGCACCGCGACGCCAGUGUCAAGAGUGAGAACUGGCCCCAGCCGGCCGGCCAGCGCACCAUGCGCGUGUACUCAAUGCGCUCUCGGGGCGCCGUGGAGCGCUUCCUGCGGCGGACCAGCUACGCCGGCUCCGAGGAUCGGGCAGGCGUCAGCGACUCGCGAGCCGCCACCUCCGAGCCACGCCUCUACAGAAAGUCGUUGUUUGUAAUGCGGAAGCGCGGCUCCCGGCCCAACGCAGGCGACUCGGACACCACGCCAGGUGACUCUGCGACUGACCUCGACCAGGCGCUGAGCAAGGGCUCCACAGAGGAGGGGUCGACCGCCCGCCCGCACCGACACCGGCUGCAGCGGCAGAAGGCGCAGAGUAGGAAGACGUUCCGCUUCAGGAAGAGCCGCAGGGGAAACAACUUCGAGGAUAGUUUGCUGGGCGGCGACCGGAGCCGGCUCGAUCCCUGCUACUACGGCCUGUGCGGGGCUAUGCAGCGGUCAGCUGACAGUCGCACACAGCUACCGCUGGAGCAGCCAGAUGGCGGAGAGCGGGAUCGUUAG